UCUUAUUACUUUUUAUAGUUCCCUUGCUUCUGCAGCCUCUUUCUCUGGCUCUGUGCUUCAUUUGGCGGAGAGCUCUAAGUCACAACAGUGUUUUGCUGAGCGAUUUUCCUUUUCUAGUGCUAUCCGCUGUGCCCUAGCUUUUGAUGUCUUUUAAAUGGAUUUGCUUGUUAAUGCAGGUCCAUUUGUUCAUGGUCGAUUUCGAUCGUUGCUAGAUACUUGAUUUUCAGCAAGUUGGGAUCUUUCUGGAGGGUUUUGGACGAAAUUAUCUUCUGGUUUUAUGCUUUGAGCAGGUGGAAGAGCAUAGGUGGUGUUACAUUCAUUUUCAUAGUUUGAUCAGAAAUGGCACCUAAUCCAAGAGUUGCAAAGGCUUUUGCCGCAAUGAAGGCCAUUGGAAUCCCCGAGGAAACUGUUAAACCUGUCCUGAAAAAUCUCUUGAGAUUGUAUGAUAAGAACUGGGAGCUUAUUGAAGAAGAAAAUUAUAGAGCUCUUGCAGAUGCUAUAUUUGAGUACGAGGAAUCUAAGGAAGCUGAAGAAAAAGAAAGAAGGGAGUCGAUUGCAAAUGAGUCUGAACCUCCUCUGAAAAGACUCCGUAGGCAACAAGGUGGUCAGGCAUCGACUUCAGGUUGUAACUCCAGCCCUGUUUUGGGUGAAGGUUCACCUGAAAGACCAACAAUGGACGGUGAUGGGCCUGAAACUUGUCACAGACAGGAAAGAACCGAAACCAUGCAGUUUGGAGACAAGAGAGUAGAGUCUGAGCCUGUUUCACCUAUGUCACAUCUGAAGAACACAGGAAAGGAAUCUGCUUCAACCCAAACUUGUUCUGGACAGGAGAGAACAGUGCCAUUAGAAAUUUGUAGAGGAGAUGCAAGAACUGAAUCUUACUCUGCUUCACCUCAAACAUUUGAAAGACAGAAAGGGAAAGAACCUGUUUCACUUGAAACUGCUCCUGUAGAUAAAAGAUCACAUUCAGUUUUUAUAGACAAAGGGAAGGAGCCCGUUUCACCUCAGAUUGCUCUUAGAGACAAAAGAUCACCUUCAAAGAGAGCAUCUCACACAGUCUCUCUUAAAGAGCCAAAGAUUGAACCUGGGAUUGUUCUUCUUCCUAGAGAAAAGGCUCCUAAUCAGAGAAAUAAUGCCUUCAUUGAACCUAAAAUUGAGGAAUUCACAGAUGAUUUGCCUCAGUUUGAGGUUCCAAUCGCAAUGAUCCAUCCACUUCCAGGACCCCCAAGAAAUGAAGGUCCUGUAAGUAUGAAGGCUUCUUUAAGCAGAAAUGGUUCUAGUGCUGAAGUUAAUGGUCAGCGGUCCCAGGCUUCUCAGUCUGUGGAUGCAGGAGAUGAAGGUGAUUACAUUUCAGGUAAAGAAUGCGAGACUGGAAAGGAGCAUGAACUUGUAAUUAACUCUGAAGAAUCUUCCGCUAGAUUUGAGAUUGCCUCAUCACCCCUGGGAGAGGUUAAAAUUUCUUUAAGCUGUGAUUCUGCCCUUGGGAAAUCAGGCUUCCAUGUCCCGACUCUGGAUGAAGUUCUUAAAAUGGUGGAGGACAGGUGUCUAAAAUCAUACCGAAUUGUUGAACCCAAUUUCUCUGUGAUGAAUCUAAUGAAAGAAUUGUGCCAGUGUUUUUUGGAACUGGGUACUGACUCCAUGGAUGAUAAAACGGAAGAUGUUGGAAGAAAUGCAAAAUCACGUCUUGAUUCAUUGGGAAACUCUAGUUUGAUAAAUGCUCUGGGUGUGGAGCAGAAUUUUCAGAACAAUUUUAAGGUUGCAGUGGGUUCUUCGAAUGGGUCAGGUAAUCUUAAGGUUCUAGUACCAGAAGUUUCAAGGCUUGUAGCAAUGAAUGGCCCGGAUAGCCUUGAUCCCAUUACACGACUCCACCGGAAAGCUGUUGAGAACUCCAACACCGAAAGGGAUAAGAAGAAAAAGGAGCCAAAAGGUCAAGACACAGGAAAUUCAAGUAGUAUAGUGGUUGUCCAACAGCGACGGAUUGGUAAUGCGUGGCCUACCCAUGAUGUGAAUGACAUAUCUAAAGGGGAAGAAAGGGUCAGAAUUUCAUUGGUAAAUGAAAUUGGUGGAGAGCAGUAUCCACCCUUAUUUUACUACAUUCCACAAAAUAUUGUCUAUCAAAGUGCAUAUGUGAAAUUUUCACUUGCGAGGAUUGGAGAUGAAGAUUGUUGUUCAAGCUGUUUUGGUGAUUGUUUAUUGUCUUCCAUACCUUGUGCAUGUGCACGCGAAACCGGGGGUGAGUUUGCGUACACACUGGAAGGGAGAGUGAAGGAAAGGUUUCUGGAUGAGUGUAUUUCUAUGAGUCGUGACCCUGACGGACACCCACGACGUGUUUAUUGCAAAGAUUGCCCUCUAGAAAGGUCAAAGAAUGAUGAAUUGGCUGACCCAUGUAAGGGCCACUUAGUGAGGAAGUUUAUUAAAGAAUGCUGGAGUAAGUGUGGUUGCAACAAGCAAUGUGGAAAUCGAGUAGUGCAGCGAGGCAUAAUAUGCAACUUGCAGGUGUUUAUGACACCUGAAGGAAAAGGGUGGGGUCUCCGGACACUUGAAGAUCUUCCUAAAGGUACCUUUGUGUGUGAGUAUGUGGGCGAAGUUGUAACAAACACUGAGCUAUACGAGCGCAAUAUGCGAAGCUCAGGAAAGGAGAGACAUACAUACCCUGUGCUUCUUGAUGCUGAUUGGGGCUCUGAGGGAGUAUUAAACGAUGAAGAAGCUCUCUGUUUAGAUGCUACAUUUUAUGGAAAUGUUGCCAGAUUUGUUAAUCAUAGAUGUUCCGAUGCCAACAUGGUCGAGAUUCCAGUGGAAGUAGAGACACCGGACCAUCAUUAUUAUCAUCUUGCCUUCUUCACUACAAGAAACAUAGAUGCUUUGGAAGAGCUUACCUGGGACUAUGGGAUAGACUUCGAUGAUCAUAAUCACCCUGUGAAGGCAUUUCGGUGUCGCUGUAAAAGCAAGUUAUGUCGAGACAUGAAGCAUUCAAUCAGAGGCAAAUCGGUAACCUUGAGGUGAUCAACAUGCAAGCCCGACUGCUGAAAAUAAUUUUAUCUUGAUGACUCAAGACAUUGAGGAGAAAAUAUGCUUGAGUGAGGUUCCUGCAGGGUACGCUUCAUGUUGAUCUUAUUAUACCUAUCAGUUGAUAACUGGGCUCGUCCUUAAAAACUCUGAUGGGAUUUGUGGGGAAUUGUACAUGGCUUUGUAGAUUAAGUGACUGAUUACUUUCAACUGUAGGGUUGUAGAAUAUGGCUUGGCUAUAUUGACCUUUAAGUUGUAGAAGCUGCUGGUUCCGCUGGUUCAGUUUUAGUUAUUCAGAAAGCAAAAUCCACCGUUUU